AUGGCCUGGUGGAGGGAGCAGGAGCAGGAGCAGGAGCACGAGCAGGAGCAGCACGGGGAGGUAGCAAGGAGCAGGCACUGCUGCAGGUUCACCUUCCAACCGGCCGAGUCGUCCUUGAGGUCAGUGAAGACAGGGACGACGCUGACGUCGUUCUUCUUGAGCUCCUUUAGGGCAGACCGUGAGACCAAUGGAGCAGGAGCAGCGGGCGAGGAGGGAGGGAGAGGAAGCGAGCAGGUGGAGUGGAGAGAUCGGAGCGGGGAGGGAGGGAGAGGAAGGGAGCAGGUGGAGUGGAGAGAUCGGAGGAGGGAGACGGGGGGAUGUGGAGAUAGAAAAAGUAGAGCAGCAAAGGGGAAAUUAGGAGAAGGAAAGAAAAAUGGAGACGAGGACGAGCACGAGCACGAGGACGAGGACGAGGACGAGGACGAGGACGAGCACGAGGACGAGGACGAGCACGAGGACGAGGACGAGGACGAGGACGAGCACGAGCACGAGCACGAGCACGAGCACGAGGACGAGCACGAGCACGAGGACGAGGACGAGCACGAGGAUUGUAAUGGAUCAACAGGCAACUGGCCUGUACCUCAGCAAAGUUCCCGGCGAGAUUGA